ACUGUUUCCCGCCCACCGCGGCCUUCGGGCUAGGUUGAGUGAGGGCUCUUGGGUUAGUUCCUGUUAGGCCCGGGCCGGGGGAGUAGGUUGAAGUAUCCUAAGAUGCCCGGUGGGCUGGGGCACCGGGAGCUGUGAAGGGAACGUGAGGAGUCGGCGUAGUGGAGACCCACGGCAGGCCUGAAGAAGAGCGGCGGCCGAGCCCGCCUUCCUUGCACCAUGCUCAUAGAGGAUGUGGAUGCCCUCAAGUCCUGGCUGGCCAAGUUACUGGAGCCGAUAUGUGAUGCUGAUCCUUCAGCCUUAGCCAACUAUGUUGUAGCACUGGUCAAGAAGGACAAACCUGAGAAAGAAUUAAAAGCCUUUUGUGCUGAUCAACUUGAUGUCUUUUUACAAAAAGAAACUUCAGGUUUUGUGGACAAACUGUUUGAAAGUCUCUAUACUAAGAACUACCUUCCACCUCUGGAACCAGUCAAGUCUGAGCCAAAACCACUAGUUCAAGAAAAAGAAGAAAUUAAAGAAGAGGUAUUUCAGGAGCCAGCAGAGGAAGAACGAGAUGGCAGAAAAAAGAAAUAUCCUAGUCCCCAGAAGACUCGUUCAGAAUCUAGUGAACGAAGGACCCGUGAGAAAAAAAGAGAAGACGGGAAGUGGAGAGACUAUGACCGGUACUAUGAGCGGAAUGAAUUGUACCGUGAGAAGUAUGACUGGAGAAGAGGUAGGAGUAAGAGUCGGAGUAAGAGCCGAGGCCUGAGUCGUAGUAGAAGCCGAAGUAGGGGGCGCAGCAAAGACCGGGAUCCAAAUAGGAAUGUUGAGCACAGGGAAAGAUCGAAGUUUAAGAGUGAAAGGAACGACUUGGAGAGUUCCUAUGUGCCUGUGUCUGCACCACCUCCAAACUCUUCUGAGCAGUAUUCCUCUGGGGCACAGUCUAUUCCCAGCACUGUUACUGUGAUCGCACCUGCUCACCACUCUGAAAACACAACUGAGAGUUGGUCUAAUUACUAUAACAAUCAUAGCUCUUCCAAUUCUUUUGGUCGAAACCUACCACCAAAGAGGCGAUGCAGAGAUUAUGAUGAAAGAGGAUUUUGUGUACUUGGUGAUCUUUGUCAGUUUGAUCAUGGAAAUGAUCCCCUAGUUGUUGAUGAAGUUGCUCUGCCAAGUAUGAUUCCUUUCCCACCCCCUCCUCCUGGACUUCCUCCUCCACCACCUCCUGGAAUGUUAAUGCCUCCAAUGCCAGGUCCAGGCCCAGGCCCAGGCCCAGGCCCAGGCCCAGGUCCAGGUCCAGGCCCGGGCCCAGGUCCAGGUCCUGGCCAUAGUAUGAGACUUCCUGUUCCUCAAGGACAUGGUCAGCCUCCACCAUCCGUUGUGCUUCCCAUACCAAGACCACCCAUAACACAAUCAAGCUUGAUAAACAGCCGUGACCAGCCUGGGACAAGUGCAGUGCCCAAUCUUGCAUCAGUGGGAACAAGACUACCUCCUCCUUUACCCCAGAACCUCCUUUACACAGUAUCAGAACGACAGCCCAUGUACUCUCGUGAACAUGGUGCUGCUACAUCUGAGCGACUUCAGUUGGGGACACCGCCUCCUCUGUUGGCAGCUCGUUUGGUGCCGCCUCGAAACCUCAUGGGAUCCUCCAUUGGGUACCAUACCUCAGUCUCCAGCCCUACCCCUCUGGUUCCAGAUGCAUAUGAACCAGAUGGUUACAACCCAGAAGCUCCUAGUAUUACUAGUUCUGGUAGAUCUCAGUACAGACAGUUCUUUUCAAGAACACAGACACAGCGCCCCAAUCUGAUUGGCCUAACAUCUGGAGAUAUGGAUGUAAAUCCAAGAGCUGCUAACAUUGUGAUACAGACUGAACCACCAGUUCCUGUUUCGAUUAAUAGCAACAUAACCAGAGUAGUUCUAGAACCAGAUAGCCGAAAAAGAGCUGUGAGUGGUUUGGAAGGUCCACUCACAAAGAAACCUUGGCUGGGAAAGCAAGGAAAUAACAAUCAAAAUAAACCGGGGUUCUUACGAAAGAAUCAGUAUACAAAUACCAAAUUAGAAGUCAAGAAAAUCCCUCAGGAAUUGAACAACAUUACUAAGCUCAAUGAACACUUCAGCAAAUUUGGAACUAUUGUUAAUAUCCAGGUUGCUUUUAAGGGUGAUCCAGAAGCAGCCCUAAUCCAAUAUCUUACCAACGAAGAGGCCAGGAAAGCCAUUUCUAGCACAGAAGCAGUUCUAAACAACCGAUUCAUUCGAGUCUUGUGGCAUAGGGAAAAUAACGAGCAAUCAACAUUACAUUCCUCAGCACAGCUGCUCCUGCAACAACAGCAAACACUUAGUCACCUCUCACAGCAGCACCAUCACCUGCCACAGCAUCUUCAUCAGCAGCAGGUGCUGGUGGCCCAGUCUGCUCCUUCAACAGUGCAUGGAGGUAUCCAGAAGAUGAUGAGCAAACCACAGACAUCAGGUGCAUAUGUUCUCAACAAAGUUCCUGUUAAACAUCGUCUUGGACAUGCAGGUGGUAACCAGAGUGAUGCGUCACAUUUGUUGAAUCAGUCUGGUGGUGCUGGGGAAGAUUGCCAGAUAUUUUCAACUCCAGGCCAUCCAAAAAUGAUUUACAGCUCCUCAAACUUAAAGACACCUUCAAAGCUCUGUUCAGGGUCUAAAUCUCAUGAUGUUCAAGAAGUUCUUAAAAAAAAACAGGAGGCAAUAAAGCUACAACAAGAUAUGAGGAAAAAAAAGCAAGAAAUGUUAGAAAAACAAAUAGAAUGCCAAAAGAUGUUAAUAUCCAAGUUAGAAAAAAACAAAAACAUGAAACCAGAAGAAAGAGCAAAUAUAAUGAAGACUUUGAAAGAGCUUGGAGAGAAGAUCUCACAAUUAAAAGAUGAAUUAAAAACAUCUUCUGCAGUCUCCACACCAUCUAAAGUGAAGACGAAAACAGAGGCCCAGAAGGAGUUAUUAGAUACUGAACUGGACCUCCACAAGAGGCUGUCCUCAGGAGAAGACACAACGGAAUUACGGAAGAAACUCAGUCAGUUACAGGUUGAGGCUGCUCGGUUAGGUAUUUUACCUGUGGGUCGAGGAAAGACCAUGUCCUCUCAAGGUCGAGGAAGAGGCCGAGGGCGUGGAGGAAGAGGAAGGGGCUCACUAAAUCACAUGGUGGUGGACCAUCGCCCCAAAGCACUAACAGUUGGAGGAUUCAUUGAGGAAGAAAAAGAAGAUUUGCUUCAGCAUUUCUCAGCUGCAAACCAAGGGCCAAAAUUUAAAGACCGCCGGCUACAGAUAUCAUGGCACAAGCCCAAGGUACCAUCUAUAUCCACUGAGACUGAAGAAGAAGAAGUUAAGGAGGAGGAAACAGAAACCUCAGAUUUGUUUUUGCCUGAUGAUGACGAUGAAGAUGAAGAUGAAUAUGAGUCUCGUUCAUGGCGAAGAUGAAAUCUGACGCUAGCUGUAUAAUUUUUAGGAGUAUUGUUUAGAAGAACAACUUUUAAAAAUUAUUUAAAAGAAGUCAAUGAGCCAAAAAAAUUUUUUUUAUUUUUCUUUUCAACACAGUAGGUUCAAGAACAGCAAGUUUGCUAUGUAAACACAUCUCAUAACUGUACAUGAUAUUAAAGCACCAAAGGCCUAGUGACUUUUACACAGUUGUGAAGAUCCACAGCAAUGACAUGGAUAAUCUCUAGAGCCUUAUUUUCCACACCACCCUUUUUUUGUUGCUGUUGGUGUUGGAUUAUGAUGUAAAUGACAGGGUGUUCAGAAAUUUAUUUUGGAUUAUAAUCUACUGAUAAAAUUUAAUUAAAUGUCAAAAUUGCCUGUAAUCUUUUAACUCUCAGCUAUUAUGGAUGGGUCGUCAGACAGUAGGAAAUAUUUGUAAUUAAAAUACCCUUUUGCUUUCAAGAGUUGUCUUGGAAGAAAAGUGUGUUUAAUUUUUUUUUUUUUUUUUUUAACUUUGGAGGAGCCCAAUUUGUAUUCAGUCUGAAUUUGUUUUUCAUGGUAUUUAUGUGUAGUAGUACUAUUUCAGUGAAAAUCACAACAAACUCUGUGUUCUUAAAUGCUACAGCAAUGGUAGCUAGCUCUGUAGUAUUUCCAUUCUCUUGUCAUAUGAACUCCUGGACUUUUCCUGCUACUGACUCUUAGUUUGCUUUGAUACUUAAUGAGCACUGGUUUGGCUGGUCUUUUUUAAAAUUUUUAUAACUCAGAAUGUAAAAGGCUUUCACCUAUUGCCCCUUUCUCGUCCCCCUUUUCCUCCUCUUGCCUUUCUAUUAGGCCUGACUUAGUCAUCAUUGACGUAAGUGGUUCAUUUGGGCAACCACAGGCAGUCUCCAGUAAAAGGUUCAAACCAGCACCUGGAUAAAUAAGUGAUGUUUUGAUGAGAAUGAUGGAAGGAUUUUGGGGAGAAGAGAAUCACCAGCUUUUUUUUCCCUCUUUUGAAGCUUCAGUUCAGUUAUAGUUACACAGAAGGGUUUAAAAGUGUCUGAAAUUCUUUUCCUAAAUUUAAAUGAUGGUAAGGUGACUGGGGGUGAGGGGUGGGUGGGAGGGGGUUGAGGGCUGAGUAUGCUAGUAAUAAAUGCUAGUCCUGUAUGACUUUGAUCAGAAGACCUUAUUUUUUCAUAAUUUUGUAGCUUGUUGCUAUCCAUGAACAUAUGCAUCUUCAGUGGACAGUUUCCUUUACUGUGUGCAUUUUUACUGUACACUGGAUAGAGUAUCUGUUAAGUAAAAUAUAUAUGUAAAUUUAUGUCCUUGUGUUCUGAAUGUUAGAUGGAAAAGCAGAGGAGCAACACUACACUGUACUGACCCCUGGGGAAAUAAAAUGAUUAAUGUACAUAGGCUGUCACUUUUUCAAGGAUAUACACAUCUGUUUUUAUAUAUGUGUGGUAUGAAAAUUUGAAACCUGCUAUUGGCUCCAAAAGGUUCUUGGUGACCACUAUAUCAAGGAUUUUGCUUGCUGAGGUAAAGACUAUUUCUCAAAAUAGAAACUAUUCACUGAGAACUUAAAACCAUCAGGCUUCUAGAUUUACUUAGCUAAAAGAAGUUAAAUCCCAUGUUCUGAUAAUCUUUAUUCUUCUCCAUGUUUUCCUGGAAUGAUGUGUCAAACCAGGGUCAUUUUUAAGUUCAUAUAAUUUUCUUUCAUAAUAAGGACUUUCUCUUUAUAGGUUAUUGUUAUAUUUCUAGUAACACUGAAGGUAAAAUAAGCUUAUAAAAGAAGGAAAACUUUAGAAUAGGGUACUUAGAAUACACAAUCUUGCUCCUUACUCCUCCAUCAUCUCUAAUGAAAUUUUUCUUGAUGUCUGUGGCUCAGUCAGUAUAUAUUUUGAAAGAUUCAUUGUGGUGAACAUUUUGAGUCCUGACAGUUUAAACGUGAUAGAGGGAACAAAGGAUUUAUAUAUUUUUUGUACAAAGUUUUUUCUUAAACUGUAUAAUUUUGUAAAUAAUUUGUUUGGUUUUUUUUUUUGUGUACUAAAACUACCAGCGUAUAGAUUUCAAUAAGAAUUGUUGUAUUUUUGUAUUUGGAAACUGAAAAUUACAGUAAAUUAAUGGAACUAAGAAAAAUUUCAGUAGACUGACAGUUCAACAGAAUGAGAUUCCUUUUCAUAUGAUUUUUUAACCUCAAAAUGGAUGUCUUAUUACACUCUCAGUAAAAAGUUGAAGAUUUGUUUGACUUUUUCGUAUUGGAGGCAGAGGAUGAAAGAGAAGUGUGUUAAAGUGAAAAACAGUUUUUUCCAGUAAGAUUUGAGGCCCUUUCUAUAAAAGUUUUCAGUACACCUUAAACAGGACUGAAAACACUUUAUGCUUUCAAAGAAUUUCAAAACAUGUUUGACUCAAAGAUAAAUUUAAAGUGAGUUAAUAAUAUUGGAAAACUUAAGGUUAGCAUAAAAUAGUUUAUAUAUAUCCCCUGCCUCCUUUGGGAUAUUUUGCUUCCAUCAUCAAAUCUUCAACUGUUAGAAUUUCACUUAAAAGUGAAUAACUGCCAUACCUGCUUUCUUGGCAUCUUCAUUUACAGAAAUAACAUACAGUAUCUAAGGCAAAUUCUGUUCCUCUUAAUAUGUAUGCCAUCUUUGUAAGUAGCUGAUCAGCAAUAAUAGCCACCAGUUGACUAGGUCACCCUGACAUACUAGUGGAUUAAUGUUCAAGUAUUGCAAAAUUUCCCUCAAUAUCUUUAUGUAACAUUGAGAAAAUAUUGUUACCAGCUAAGAUGAUAAAUUGGAAAACAGUCUUGGUAAGGUGAGAGGGUCCAUGGUGAUGGAUUAUUAUUUCAAAAAAGAAAAAAAAAUCAUGUGAAAAGGAAUAGUGGUUCCUCUUGAUGUAUAGUAUGCCUGUAUUAUAGUUUUUACAAAAUUGUGAACUUGUGUAAUAGUAUAAUAGGAGAUAUUGUUGAAUUUCUAACUGUUUAUACAUUUAAAUUCAUAUAUGUAAUGUUUGUUUUAUCAAUUACAAUCUGAAUUUCUAAGAAGCAUGUUGACUUUUGCAAUAAAGAUGCAAUAUGGAAUGGUUCACAAUUGGAAAAAAAAAGAAAAAAGAUGAAAGUAUUACAAAUUUAAAAGAAUUUGGAAAAUUUAUGAACCAUUCCAAAAAUUAUAACAAUCACCAAAAGAGCUGUAAUUCUGGCUUGUUCUGGAAAGAAAGAAAAUGUGUGUGUAUGCUUGCUUGUGAGAGUAAGUGAGGAGUGGAUAUGUAUGUGUGUUAUGUUGUGUUCAUAAACGUGAGAGAAUGUCAGUCAAUAUGAAGUUGGGUUUGAAGUCACUGGCUAUUAAAUAUUAAGUAGGAUAGCUUUCUCAACAGUAGUCUGGAGAAUGAAAGAGAAGGUAUUAAAAUGCUACUUGUAAGUAACCUUUGGUAGCCACAUUAUUUUGUUCAUGGAUAUUUCUUGGUAUCCCUCAUAUAAAGUACACAGCAGUUUCAUGAAAGCAAUUAUUUUAAUGUUGUCUUGAGGAUAUUCAUUAUGCCUGCCGACAGCAGGAGGGACAUUUUACUUAAGUAGAAUAGGGAGAAGGGGAAAAAAAAAACACUUAGAAGAGAUGACUUGAAGAUAACAUCAGUUCUGAAUGUGAUGAAGAUUUGUAAGGACAAAUCCAGUCCUCAUGCACUAAGGACUGGGUGGUGAUGAGAAAGAGAAGUGUUACCACUUGGUUUUCCCAUUUUAAAAAAAUUAUAAAAUUCCCCUUCCAAUGAUUACGCAUUAAGGAGGAGCAUUCUUUAAAUUUCAGCUUACACAAGGUGAUACUGAAAGAAUGAAAGUAAACUUUAUUUUCAUUCUUUUCAAAUAAAAUUUAUUUUAUCUUAUGUAAAUAGCAAAUAAGCUGUUUGUCACCAUUUGCUUUGAAUAGAUCAUAAUUAAUCCUAAAUAUAUUUACAGUAAACAUUAGUUCUGGGACUUUUUUGGAGGGGGCAGGCAUAAUUCUGUACAUAGUUACAUCUGUUGAACAAAUGUUCUACUAAAAUGGAGCUCUCAUUAACAGAAAUUAAUGUUUUUAUGUGAUUUUUUACUGGUUUUGAAAUAAAUUGUGCUAAAGCCAAGGAUAAA